GGGCAUGCAAUUACUUGGUUCCAGCGCAAUCUCGACUACAACGUCACAGGUGGGAAGCUCAACUGUGGGAUGUCCGUUGUCGACUCCGUCGAGAUCCUCAAUGGCCGGAAGCUUACUGACGAUGAAUACUUCAAGGCUGCCCUUCUCGGCUGGGGUGUCGAGUUCCUUCAGGCCUACUACUUCGUCUCGGACGACAUGACGGACCAGUCGAUUACUCGCCGUGGACAACCAUGCUGGUACCGCGUCGAGGCCGUGAACUUGCUUGCUAUCAAUGACGCGUAUCUGCUCGAAGGCUCCAACUACUAUCUCCUCAAGAAGCACUUCCGCUCCGAGCCGUACUACGUCUACCUCCUCGAUGUUUUUCACGACACAACUUUCCAGACCGACAUCGGGCAGCUGAUUGACCUCAUCACUGCCCCCGAGGAUAACAUCGACUUGAGCAAAUUCUCGCUUGCAAAGCACCAGAAGAUCGUCAUCUUCAAGACCGCCUACUACUCCUUCUAUCUCCCUGCCCUCGCCAUGUACAUGUGUGGCAUUCCCCACUCAUCGACGAACGACCCCUACGAGCUCGCGCAGAAGAUUCUUGUCCCGCUUGGCGAGUACUUCCAAGCCCAGGACGACUUCCUCGACUUCGCUGCGCCUCCGGAGGUACUCGGUAAGGUCGGCACGGACAUCAUCGACAACAAGUGUUCAUGGUGUGUUAACACCGCGCUCGCGAUUGUGAUGCCUGCGCAACGGAAGGCAGCCGAAGCGCGUGUGAAGGAGCUAUGUGAAGAGAUUGGCAUCCGGGAGAGGUACGCCGAGUACGAAGAGGGCGCGUACAAGCGAAUCAUAGGUCUCAUCGAGACUAUCCCUACCGAGGGUGCGGACGUCGGCGCGGGUGACGUGAAGUUGAAGAGGGAAGUGUUCAAGGUGUUCCUCGAUAAGAUCUACAAGGGGCAUAAGUGAGUCGCGCGCGGCCUUUUAACAGGUCGAGGGCGAG